AUGUCCCCGGUCAUGGAGCGUUCAGAUUUCAAGCUCUGCGCAGAUCGGGUGGACUCAAAGCUAUCCCAUGCGCAGAACGCCCUGGCGUCGUACCCUUUCCGUCGUAGCUGCAUCACUGCUAUCCGAUUGGAGCCCUCGGACGGACCCAAGUGCCACCGGGCGCAAUCCCUCAUCGAGCUCCUCAUCACCCUCGAACCGCAGGUCCGCCGGCUCGAGAUCCUCCCGCGCCCUCUCAGUCGCCUAUUGAACGAAGGCGAACGGCACAAUUACUCGUCCGAGCACUUCUUGGAGAAGCUGAACGAGAGCAAUCUCAGCUUUUCCAACCUGUCCAACCUCAAAUACGGAUGCGGUGUGGAACUGGACAUCAGCUGGUUGGACAACUGGCUGGAGCGUAUGGCAAGCUUACGGGAGCUCGAGGUCUUCACGCUGCAGGAAACGGGCUCCGCGGUAGUCAAUCUACAGCGAGCAGAUCACUUUCCCCUACUCCAGACCAUCACCGUCGGCGACCUCAACGUCCAUCGUGGGGGUACCCGGACCAACGUCCUUUCGGCUUUGAUCAACAACGCGCCAAACCUGACUACCCUUCGUAUCAAGGGGACGUGGAGCGCCAGGCGGUCUGAUGCAGCAUUGCAGGCGAUCAGCCGGGCAAAGCGACUUCGGACUAUCAUGGUGUCUCAGGCGGAAUGGAUGUACGAGGAGCCCCAGGUCAUGAUUGAGGACACGCUUCGAUUUCGGAACUUUGGGCGGCUGGAGAUGAAGUAUGAGGAAGCUAUCAUACAGCCGCCAGGAUGGGAUGAGACGAACGAACUAUACCUACAUAACACGGAGCUCCCGCGCUCAGUCACGCUUCAACGCCUCGCCAUCAUUACACCCCCUCGCCCAAGCAACGCCGACUACAUGUCCCUGUCAAUCGGUCAAAACACAUCAGACCGAGCGCUCUUGGUGGCCGCUUCCAUCUACACCCUACGCCGCGUCCCUGCCCUCAUCACCUUCAUCCUCCUUUACAUCGAGCAUCCAUUCCAGCCGGACCCAUACCAGGAAUAUCACGACUCCGAUCCCGAGUACUUCGUGCCUCCUCAUCGUUGGGUCGAGGAGGGGCACCGGGGCGCUGUCAUUCGGCACUACCGUCGGUCGAUGGGAUACGACGAGACGGAGGAGGAGCUAUGGCAUGUCCGUACGCUCUCGAGAUCCCUCAUCCACCCUUCGGGGCACGCCUACGUCUCCCUUCGGCGGACCUGGCAGGACGUGACCCGGUAUAGGGGCUUGGCGGUUCCUCAGGCGACCCUACAGCAGGUUUACGAGGCGUCAGGCUGUGAAAUGGAGUUCCUGGACGGCGGGAGGAAUCUACAGCUCGGAGAAGACGAUGCCGGAUGGACGUUAUUGAGGGAUUGGUGGGUGAGCGUGGGCGGCAAAGACGAGGAUGAUGAUCUGAUAGCGGAGGAUCAGGACGACGCUAGCAUCGUCAGUGAGGAGGGAGGAGACCCGGACGGACUGUUCAUGAUGGGGCCACAUCUCACAGCAGACGGGACGUACGCGGACGACGAUGGGGUAUAUGAUGAUGAGGACGAGUACGAGGCGCACGAGCCGUACUAUGGGUACGAUACAUAUGGGGUGGAUGAUGACGAGGAGGAGUACGAUGUGGCGAGGAAUGUGGUGCUGGUGGCUGCGGAGCUUUGGUUGACUCAUCUCUUUUGCUUGCUUUUGUCCUACCACAUCAGUAUGAGCCAAAUCCACCACGCAGCAGCACUCAGCCCGCGGCCUCUGCCUCAUAUACCUCAUGAGGUGCUAGCCGAGAUCGCAGAGUACUUGGAUCUGCCAUCAGCGCAAAAUCUCAGUAGGAGCUGCAAAUCUUUACGGGAUGCGGGCGAGAUGAGGGUAUGGCGUUUGGUGGAUAUCACCAGUGGCUGGGACGAGGUAGCUCGUCUGGAAUCCGAGGCUUGCAAGCCUAGUGCCCCCUCACGCGCGGAACGCGGCCGGAUCGUCGAUGCCAAGCUAUCGCGCGUCUUCGCUGCCAUACGGACCUACAGUCCCAGGCAGCGGUACAUCGUCGGCGUCAGGAUCGAGCCGUCGGAUGGAGAGCGCUCUGUCCGAUGCUCUUCUUUCGUCAGACUGCUUCGGGAAAUUGGACCCCAACUCCACCGACUCGAUAUCCUCCCCUUGCCAUAUUCAUAUCCUCCUUCCGCCCAUGACUCGCUCUCGGACUUUGCGGCGCAAUGUCACACGAAAUUGCACUUCCCUCGGCUCGUCCAUCUCAAAAUCGGCUUCGGCAACGAGUGUAAGAGUAAGGAUAUCAUCCUCCCUUGGAAAAUGGAUCUACCCCUGCUGGAGAGGCUGGAAAUCGCAUCCAACGAUGGGACCUUCAUGGGAUCUCAACACCACCUCGGUCCCCGAUCGGAGCGGCGUCUAUUCCCCCACCUCAAGCGGCUCACUUUCGACGGUGUAUCGCACCAAGAGGAUGAUCUAAGCCUUCGACUGCUGGCGGUCCUUCUCCGGCUGGCUCCGAACCUCGCGGAGCUAAGUCUGCGGGGCGAAUGGCGCCCUCAGAUCAAGGAUGCAGCGCUGCGUUUGAUCGGGAGAGCAGAUGGUCUCAGAUCGUUGCAGCUGCUGGAAUGUCCUGAUAUGAGUUGGGUAUUGGGUAUGGAAUUUGACAAGUUCGGAAAGAGUGGAUUGAAGGUCAAGGAGGCGGUAGUGGAGAUGAGAACUUGGACGGAGCCAACCGAAUUGCGAUUCGAGAAAAUCAAAUUGCCUCGAGCACCUGAUCUUCAACACCUCACGAUCUGUACCAGCCGUAGAGUGACCCCGGAGCAAUAUCGAGCGUUGUCGAUCGGCCCCACCCCAAUCGACACUUGUCGCAUCCAUCCCCAAUUAAUCCGCCACCUUCGUCGCACCCCUUCGCUGGCUGCCAUACAGCUCAUGCAUUCCGACGACCUCGUCCCCUCCAUAUACUCCGUCGAUCCCGCAAUACCAAACUUCUUCGUGCCGCCUCAGCGGUGGGUAACCGAGGGUCUACGCGGUGCAGUCAUCAGACAAUAUACCGAAGCUGGAGGCGAGAGGGAGUUAUGGCACAUACGUACGCUAUCGAGGACCCUCCACCAUGACUACAUCAAUGCGUUGGUCAGCGUACAGCGGCACUAUCAAGAUUUCACACAGUUCGACGGCAUGACUGUACCGCGCGAGGUGCUGUCGGCGGUGUAUGAAGCGAUAGGCGAAGCGGCGGACUUCAUCGAGGGAGGUCGGGAGUUGCCUCUAGGCGAGGGGGAUGCGGCUUGGUCCAUCCUGCGGCUGUGGCGGACCGGUGCGGAGGCCGAGACGGAAAUUGCGGACGAUGUUAGCGUGGCGAGCGCGGAAGAGUCAAUUUCGGCGGAAUCAGGAGACGAGUCGGCGGAUGAGCCGAGCGCGGAGGACGAGGAACUCGAGGAGGAGGAGGCGGAGGAGGAGGAGGAGGAGGAGGAGGAGGAGGAGGAUCCCGAGCCGGGUUGCGACGCGUACGCGUACGAGGAUGAGUACGAUGGAUACGACGAGGAUGAUCCGUGGGCAAACAUGGGGAGCGGGAUGGAUGAGCACUCGCAGGACAUGUAUGCCUACUUCGGGCUGGGGACGAUCCUACGAGGAAUGUGGAGUUGGCUGCGCGAGACGCCUCAAAUCCCUGCCCUUUCCUUCGUUUUGCCGUUGUCAUAUCGCGUCGAUAUCAGCAAGAACGGCAGUACGGCCUGCAUCACUCCGCGGGAGAUGAUCCAUAUCCCUCAAGACGUCCUGAUCGAGCUCGCCCAACACCUCGAUCUCGGCUCGGCACGGAAUCUCAGCCGGACCUGCAAAUCUUUGCGGGAUGCGGGAGAAGUCAAGGUGUGGGAGCAUGUCGAUGUGACCAGCGGCUGGAAUGACGAAGCAGUCAAAGCUUAUAGCGAUGAAGGCAUCAUGUCGCGUCGCGAACGGACCGCCAUAGUCGAGCGGAAGCUCUCGCGCGUAUUCGAGGCGUUGAAGGCAUACCCCGUUCGGAAACAGUACGUCAAGGAACUCCGGGUCGAGCCUUCGGACGGAGUCCCCGCGGCAAUGUUGGCUUCGCUCGCCAGGCUCCUGCGCUGGGUCGCUCCCCGUCUCAGGCGGCUCGACAUCAUACCCCUACCAGGCGCCACGGAAAGUCGUACAUAUGCUCACUCAAAAUUCACCGCCGCCUGCCACUCGGUCCGUCUUCCUCGUCUCACCCAUCUCAAGCUCGCUGUCGGGGCGGACUACGACAUCGCAGAGGUGAUCCUGCCCUGGAAGAUGGACUUACCGAUGCUGCAAUCGCUCGAGUUUGGGUCCUCCUGCGGCUCUUUCGAGGGCGACCCUUGGAGCCUCGGCCCGCGUGCCAUGAGGCGCCCAUUCCCCCUUCUCAAUCGGCUCACCUUUGAUCAUCUAUCGCACGAGGAGAACGACCAAAGCCUUCGCUUGCUCGCAAUUCUGCUGCGGCUGGCUCCAAAUCUGGCGGAACUACGGCUCCGAGGCGGCUGGAUCCCACAGAGCGAGGAUGCGGCGCUACGCUUGUUGAGAAGAGAAGGAAAGCUGGAUUCGUUGCAGCUGUUCGCUUAUAGGGAGCCGCCUAACGAGGGUGGUAUAGACUUUUCGGAGUUUGGCACGAGGCGCUUGCCGCUCAAGGUCAAACAAGCGGUGGUGGAGAUACCGGACUGGAGAGAGGUGUACGAGCUCCGUUUUGAGGUGACUUUCAGCUCUGUUCAUAUGCCAGAGCAUCAACCUGAUGAUGCAGCGACUAUACCUGCCUCGUUCGACCGAUCUGACCCAUCUCACAAUCAUCACCGGCCGGAGCCCCUCGAUGGCUGA